UUUAAUUUAGCAAUGUCUUGGACAGCGGCUGGAGACGGCUCGUCAUGGGUUUCAUCGAAAGUAAAGGAUAAGACGGAAAAGCAUAAGCUCAAACCUCAGUCUGUCCCAACCUCUCCGGCGGCUUCCGGGCGAGGGGAAUCAUCUUUAUCACCGCUUGAUUCUGCACUUCAAAGCCUGAAAAUGAAAAAGCCUUCCACAUCAAAAAGCUCAUCACCUCCUGGAACCCCUGUCUCCAAAGACCACCGUGACUCAUUUCGGGAUUCAUUUAAAAAGACACUAUUUCGUUCAAGUUCGGACAAAAGGAAACCAACGACUUCAACGGCAUCGGACAUCGAACUGGCACAUGGUCAUCUCGGAGAGCACGCCGACAAUCCAGCAUCUCGAGUCGUUCGGCAGUUCAAAUCCGCGCACGAAUCCUUCCGCCUCCGCAUGUUUCAGGAGCAGCAUGGAUUUGAGCCGGUAUUCAUGACAAAGAAACGAACCCGGGACAACAAAUCGGUCAUGAGUGAGUUCAAAGGGGGCGAUUUGAACAAGUACACAGCAAAGACAUAUGCCAUACAAAAUGGGAACGAAGUUUUUGGAGGUAAGUGA